AUGUGUGGAUUUAAAAUUGUAACCUUAAAGUAAAAAUUAAAUAGAAACAAAAUUAAAGAAUUUGAUUCAUAAUUAUUGACAAUUUAUAAGAAAGAAAAAAAAGUUUUAAAAAGAUAUUAGCAAUGGUUUAGUUUCUCAAGAAUCAUAUUAUAAUUGAAGGAUGUUAAUCUCUUGUUUAGGCAAUUUUUUAACAAAUAUUAAUUAUGUUUGUGAUAUGAAAAAAUAAAUAGUUGUCUUCAAUUAAACUAUCUUGCACUCUUUUUGUAUUUUAUUUUUAAUAGAUAUUAAAGGAAGACAAAUAAUUUGAAUUUUAGAGAGGGACAGAAUGUUCAGAUUAAUUUUAAAUGCAUUAAUAAUAAUAAAAAAAAUAAACAAUAAAUUAUGAGUUAAGAAGAGCCUUUAAAGUAUAAGUAUUUUUAUAUAAAUUUUAGUAUAAAUGAAUAAUUGAAGAAAGCAAUGAUGGAAAAAAUUAAAGGGAUUUUAAAAUGGAUUACUGAAUAUCAAUCUUAUAACAACCAAUAUAAAGAAAAUAUUAAGAAUUAUAUUGAGAAUAAUUUUAAAAACAUUUUGAACAUUAUUAAUUAGGAAUAUGAAGUUUAGAUUUAAAAAUAUCAUGAAGCGCACUUAGUCAAUUAAGAAUAAUAAUAAAAAAUGGAAGAUGAAGUAGAAUUAUACUAAUUGAUUGAAUCUUUUGCAAGGGAAAACACUAAUAUCAAGUAACUUAUAGAAGAAUAUUAAAAUGAAAUCAAGAAUUAUGUUUUAAAAUAAAAUUAAGAUGUGGAGAGUUUGAAGAAAAAUAUAAAUAAAUUUUUGGAAAAAAAAUUUCAAAGUUUAAUUAAAACUGUUCAAACUAUAAUUGGAAAAUAAUCUUAAGCUUUGUAGGAACUAUUAAACUUAAAGGAUAAGUAUUUAUAAGAGAUAAAUGAAAAAUAACAGAUAAUAUGUGAAUUAAAUUUGCGCUCCUUUAAUGAUUAGAAUGUUCUUUAAAAGAUAUAACAAAUAAAUCAUUUAUUAUCAGAAACAUCCUAAAAAACUAACUAAACAACAUAGAAACUAGAACAUAAUAGUUUAGAUUAAUUAGCUUAAUAAAUUAAACAGAUACAUAAUAGUAUCACAGGAGAAAAUGAUAAAUACAUAAAAGAAUAAAAUAAAAAAUUGAUGGAAGCAGAAUAAACAAUUGAAUAUUUAUAGAAUGAAAUUUUAGAGCUAUAAAAUUAAUUAAAAAAUAAUGAGUAUUCAAAAUUUUUAAGUUAGAAGAUUGAAUAACUGUAACAGAAAUAAGAAAAUUAAUUAAAUUAAUAAGAUUAAAUUAACGAAAAGACAAAUAAAAUUUUAGAAAUAGAAUUGACUUUGAAUGAAAUAAAUAAAUAUAUUAAUAAAGAGAAAGAAAUAUUAAGAAAAUAAUUUGAAGAUGAAAAAAAUAAAGUAAUAUAGGUAUAACUUGAAGGCUGUUAUAAAUUAUAAGACAAAUCUUUACUUUAUAUAUAAUUAGGUCUUUUAAUAUUUUUAUAAUAUUAUAAGUCUGAAAAUUCAAAUGGCGCUAUAAUAUAAAAUUUAAUUGAUAAACUAAUUAAAUUUCAUUAAAUAUAUUAAGAAAAAAAAAAUUUUAAACUUAAAGAUAUAAAUGAUAUUGAGAAAUAUUACACAAAUUUAGAAAGAGAACUUAAAAGUUUAUAUGAUAUGUCUAAAGAGACUUAUAAUAAAUUUAUAAGAGAAAUAAAUUUAAGAAGAAAUUAAUGA